CACCUCUGAUCUCGUGUCCAUCGCGUGCUACCAACUACCCACAGUCAACUAUCGCACUACAAUUCUUCAGAUCCGCGAGAAUACCAUGGCCGACGCCGCACAGCAACGGACGCUCGCGACUGCCUUUGCCCCGCCGCCUCCGCUAUGGAAACACUUCACGCCCGAUAAUCUGAAGAGACUCGAGGAGAUCAAGAAGGAGGCAUCCAAAGGCGAGGAUGGGAAACCGCAGAAGAAGAAGUGGUCGCCUGCCGAAUUGCGCGCUCUCGAUCUACCACCAGAGCUUCGGCUUCUCGUGCCACCAGCGAUCCCUGACACCGGCCAUUACAGCGUGUUCGGAGAGCUUCAGAACCUUUCGACAGCUUUACCGUCCCUGAAAGAUCAAGGCAUUACCCAGCUAUACCCUUCCUCCUCCCCGGCAGAUACCGACCGUCAACCUCCCUCAGAGCCUUCGCGGCCGCUCAACCACGCAUACUACCUCCUCAAGAUCAGCAAAUCUCUUCUUUUAAACUUUCUCGAAUUUGUCGGCGUUCUAUCAGUAUCCCCGGAGCAGUUUGAAUCCAAAGUCGAGGACUUGCGCAACCUCUUCAUCAACGCACAUCAUCUCCUCAACUUGUACAGACCACACCAGGCUAGGGAAUCCCUGAUCAUGAUGAUGGAAGAGCAAUUGAGUCGAACCAAGGAAGAAAUUCAGCAGAUGGACAAACUGAAAGCCGAGAUCACGGGUGUUCUAGAGCGGCUGGAAGCAGAUGGCAUCGCUGCGCAGUCACGUCCCCAGCAGACCAAUGAGGACGGCAAAAAGGAUUCUGAAACCAGUCAAAAGACCAUCGAAGAUGCACAAUUAGUGUGGGAUCUCCUGGAUGGGAAGAUUGAGGGUUGAUCGAAUGCCGAUAGCCUCGCGAUUGUCCGAUAACAACCCACAAAAGAAGCAGUUAGCUCCUGCUACGAACCUCCGAUUGUAUAGCACAGAUGCAGAUCGACACCAUAACAUCUUGGUGGGAAUACGACCAGAUUGCGAAAAUAUUAACGAACUAUACAUCUCUACUGUCGCGACCAAUCCUGGACAGAGAUCCUUCAACAAGCAACAGGGAUCGGGCCAAAUCCAGGCAGAUACGGUCCACUGCUACCAUUACCCAAGCAUUCAAACACAACAUACGCGAUUCACAACGGGCACCAUGGACUAGAAAGCAUCCACCUUUCGAUACCCAUAAAUUCCGCACUGCGGUCGGGAACAACAUGGUUCCGCGAUGAUCACGUGCCGCGCUAACGGCGCGCGUUUAAAUUCCCACCAAAUUUUCUCCCGCAACUCUUCUUCAGU